AUGAUCGUACCGGAUCUCUCACCUUGCGGAACCUCUGUCCAUCGCAUUACUGUAGAAGAUUGGGCGUCUGUUGGAGAACUGCCGAAGCAUCUAUACGUCUGCAUGGUAUCCUUACACAGGGUCGUCAAGUGCCUUGGAAACGAGGAUGAGAACCGAGCGCUUAUCCUGAACCAUCAAGCGUAUGCGGCCCGCAGACUCUACCAAAUGAUCAUAGAUGUAGCCCAUCCACGUCUGGAUACUCGACUCGUAGAAGCAGCGUGCGCAAAAGCGCUCAUCGGCUCGUGGGAAGAAGAUAUGCAAGGGCGUGAUGACUUUGUUAGGUUUGUCAUUAGUGUGAUCGACAUCUACGGGGCUACCAUGACACCCUCCAAGCUCCUACUAGAGGACACAUUGGCUGAGCAUCUGCUUUACCUGAGGAUCGUGGGAAGUCUCCAAGUCGACGUUUUGAGCACACUCACACCCAUCCCGCUGGAAAUCCUAAAGGCCACUAUUGCAAUCAAUUCUCACAGGGCAGCAGUAACUGAUCAGCAUAGAAUUUCUGAUCAGCAACGCUACCAGCAUCUCCCGUCUCUCAAUGCGAUCCUCGCCUCUCUUCGACAAUUCGAUUCUUAUCGAUGGGCAUAUGGGUUGCCAUCACAUUAUGUGCUUGAGGCCGAAAAUUGGGCAUUGUUCGCGACUUGUUAUCAAUCUGCAACCACGCUUUAUCUGUUUCAAAGCUGUAGCCCAACCGCCGAUUGCAGUACUGGGGACGAACUGCAUAACAACACUCGAAGAGGUACAUAUCACAUUUUGGUCAAAUCCAUAACGGAACUCUUCGGGCGAAGGCUACAAGGCUGCACUCAUUACAAGUAUGUCUUAUGGCCAAUGGUCAUUUGCGGCAUUGAGUCGGCCGCUCGUGGGGAGCGUAACGAUCUGAAGUUUCUAUGUUCUUCCUUGGAGACGACUACGCUUGAUCUCGGCACUCUUAGUAUGCGGGAAGCAGCGGAGUUUCUCGAGAAUGUUUGGGCUGCUUGUGGACUGAGACGAAGCCAUCUUAUGGACUGUGUUGCUAUUGACUGGGACGAAACCUUCAAACUUGCGCCGAUAUUUCUAAUAUAA